UUUUCUUUUUCCCUGCUGCUUAUAUAUCCCUCCCACACCAAAAGGGGCGGCGCCUCGCGCUUCGUAACGCUCCUCCCUCGGCCCUCCUCCUUGACUCGAUGCGCUGACAAUGGUGCGGCGCCAUGGCUGGCAGCUCCCUGCCCAUGCGUUCCAGGUGGUUGCCAUCACGCUCUUUUUCCUCCUCGCGAUUGCAUUCUAUGUGUUUGUGGCUCCUUUCCUGGGCAGUAGCAGCCUGGAAUACGCUUCAAUCGCGCUCUACACCCCCGUGGCCUUGGCGGUGUUUCUGCUCUACAUUCGCUGCUCGGCCAUCGAUCCGUCCGACUCCGGGAUCUUCACUGGUCACAAGGGCUUCCGCACAUACGAGAAGAAGCACGUCUUGUCAGCGCUGCCCCUCUCCUCGCCCGGAGACAAGUUUUCGAGCGCUGAGGCAGGAGGUGGAGGGUGGAUCCCCGAGCAGCCUGCGCCGCACUUCCUGGUGUGUGCAUGCUUCGCUGCCGACGACGGCUGCAGGAGCAGCCCAAGCCCCGACCCCGUGACCGACGAGGACAUGCUCUUUUGCACCCUGUGCAAUGCCGAGGUGCGCAAGUUCAGCAAGCAUUGCAGGAGCUGUGACAAGUGCGUUGACGGCUUCGACCACCACUGUCGCUGGCUUAACAACUGCGUGGGGAAGAAGAACUACGUGACUUUUGUUUCGCUCAUGGCUACCAGCCUCACCCUGCUUAUGCUUGAGUGGGGCAUGGGGACGGCCGUCUUAGUCCAGUGCUUUGUUAACAAGAGAGCCACUCAAGAGGAGAUUGCAAGAAAGCUAGGCGACAGCUUCACCAGGGCCCCGUUUGCAACUGUUGUGCUCUGUUGCACACUUGUCUCUUUGCUAGCGUCUUUACCGCUCGGGGAGCUCUUCUUCUUCCAUGUUAUUUUAAUCCGAAAGGGAAUUUCGACGUACGAGUAUGUGGUAGCAAUGAGGGCCCAAAGCGAGGGCCAAGGUGCUUCAAACGACGGUGACGGUGCCAGUGCUCCUUCAUCUCCCACCAGCUCAAACGCAACCGGCUUAAGCGUAUCCAGCUCGUUGAAUUUGGGCCUGCAAUACAGGGGUGCCUGGUGUACACCUCCCAGAAUAUUUGUGGACGAGGAUGAGAUUGUCCCACAUUUGGGGCCUGGUAAGUUGUCCUCGACGCAAGAUCCCGACACCGUCAGCUCCAUUAGCAGGCGAGAGUCGAGGUCACAAAAACGCACUGUCAAGAUCAGUGCGUGGAGGCUGGCCAAGCUAAACCCGGACGAGGCUGCCAAGGCGGUGCUGAAGGCGAGAGCAAGCUCGUCUACCUUACGCCCAGUAGCGGCAGCUGGUUCUCACAAAGACGUGAAGAUAUCAGAGACGGAGUAUGGUACCAGCAGCAACGUGAGCACGAGAAGCAGCCUGAGCAACAUUGAGAUGUAUGGGAAGAGGUAUGCCCCGGGGCUUCCCCCGUCCUCCAAGUUGAAGCUUGCUAAAGGCAUAGGGAGCGGUUAUAGCAGCCCGAGCUGUUCAAUGAGUGGCUCGGGGCGGCUGAGCCCGCUCGUUAACGAGAAGAAGUGCAGCAGCAGAGAGAGGCAGUGGCUAACAAGCGACGGGUAUGAAGCAUCGGGUGGCGAGAGCGUGGAUCGGACGAGUCACAACGCGACGAUUCCCAGCAUUGCGGCAACGGGCGCGGCAAGAGGAGUAGCCGACACCCUCAGGCCUGCAUCCGACAAGCUCUUGUACAGCGGGUCAUCGAUAUUCUACGGGGGCCCAAUGGUGACGCCAACCACAGACAGGGCUAGAGAAGAUGCGAGUGCUCCCACUUCCUUGGUUCAGCAGCAGCAGGAUACAAGGCUGUUAACUCGGAGCAGCGUUGCACGCUCGCAGCAAUCCCCAGUAUUUGUUCCACGGCACUGAUCAAAAGAACAAUUAUUUUGUUUUA